UAUUUCUAGUCAGUUGGAAAACUGCGAUAGAAUGUUGGUCCACCACUGGUUAAUGCUCUGCCUGAGCUGGACGCUGUGCGGGGCUGAUUUUGACUCGGAAACCGAGGUGGGAAAGUUCCUGAGGCACCUGGAAGUCAUUCCGGAUAUAAUAGAAACAGGGCCACAGGAGUUUCUCAAUGUCACGUAUCUGGGAUCUAUUGAAGCGGAUCGCGCCGUGGAGCUGCAGCCCAUGCUUGUGCGCGAUGAGCCCUAUGUGGCCUGGAGCGCACCCAUGACGAACUACUACACGCUGCUGAUGAUCGACCCGGAUGCGCCCAGCGCCCAGCAGCCCUCGGCGCGGGAAUUUCUGCACUGGAUGGUGCUCAACAUUCCCGGCAAUCAGCUCAUCAUGGGGGAUGUUCGCGUCGGCUAUGUGGGAGCCAUACCGGCCUCUGGCAGUGGCAUGCACCGCUAUGUCUUUCUGCUCUACAGGCAACGGGACUACUGUAAAUUCAAUUUCCCCAAGCUGCCCAAGCACAUUCUAACGGGACGCAGCAACUUCAAAAGCAUGGAAUUCGCGAGACGCUACAAGCUUGGCUAUCCGGUGGCUGGCAAUGUCUUCACUGCCGGCUGGAGCACCGAUGUCCCAGCCCUGUUCGACUCCAUCUCGCAAGGGGCGCACCAAAAAGAAACCACGAAAAAAUUGGGAACGACAAAUUAAUUUAAAGAUUAACAC